AUGGUUCGCGAAAUCGUCACUGGCGAAUACCUAAAGGACAAACUCGUCGCCGCGGCGCUUCUGCGCCUCCACUUCCACGACUGCUUCGUUCAGGGUUGCGAUGGGUCUGUGCUGAUCGACUCGACGGCGGACAAUCAGGCGGAGAAAGACGACGCGCCGCCCAACCUGACGCUCCACGGAUACGACAUCAUCGACAAAAUCAAGGAGGCUGUCGAGGCGAAAUGCCCGGGCGUCGCUGGUGGCCCGUUCUGGCCUGUGGACCUGGGCCGCCGCGAUUCGCGCACCUCCAUGGCUUCCCUCGCGUCGCAGGCCAUGCCCGGUCACCAGAUGAACGUGAACCAGCUUCUGCGAAACUUCGCCGCGGCGAACCUCACGCUCGUUGACCUCGUCGCGCUCGCCGGCGCGCACACGAUCGGCGACGCGAGCUGCGGCUCCGUCGCGCACCGGCUCGCGCCCAACAGCGACCCGUCCAUGGCGCCGCAGUUGCGGGACUACCUUAACGGCCAGUGCAAAGCUCCCAACGUCGACCAGAAGAUAUUCGUUCUGCUCGACAGCGCCGGCGGUUCACAAUUCGACAACCACUACUUCCAGAACCUUCAGCGGAAGUUCGGGCUGCUGUCGAGCGACCAGGUGCUGGCGAUCGACCCGCGCACUCGGCAGCUGGUGGACCGUUACGCGUCGGACAGGGGGGCGUUCUUCCGGCAGUUCAGCCACUCCAUGAUCCGCAUGGGCGAGGCCGGCGUACUCACUGGCGCGCAGGGGGAGAUCCGCCGCACCUGCAGCGCCGUCAACUGA